GGAGCAGACGUUACUUUCGGUGGAAGUUUGAGAGAGAGACACCAACCAAAGGCAUCUACAGCCAGCCAGCUUCACAGCUCUACUACUGCAACAGUACUACUCCUCUUCUUCCAGCAAACAUGACAGAGAGACGCAUCCCCUUCAGCCUGCUCCGCACCUCUAGCUGGGACCCCUACAGGGACUGGUACCAGGGCAACCGACUCUUCGACCAGUCCUUCGGUAUGCCUGCCCACGCAGAGGGGUUACCCUCCUUCUCCAGCACCCACUGGCCCGGAUACAUGCGCCCCGCCCUCAGCCACGACCUGUCCUCUGCCGGCUUCAUGCCCUCUAUGAUGCCCCACCAGCAGAGUGCAAUGAUGCCCUUAGUCCCAAUGAUUCCCCAAGCCCCAAUGAUGGUCCAGGCCCCCAUGAUGGCCCAGGCUGGGGCAGCAUCGUACGCCCGCGCCCUCUCCCGCCAGCUCAGCACUGGCGUGUCUGAGAUCAAGCAGACCCAGGAGGCCUGGAAGGUCACUCUGGACGUCAACCACUUCUCCCCUGAAGAGUUGGUGGUCAAGACCAAGGAUGGCGUGGUAGAGAUCACUGGCAAGCAUGAGGAGAGGAAGGACGAGCAUGGAUUUGUGUCCAGAUGCUUCACUAGGAAAUACACACUGCCCCCUAUGGCUGACGCUGAGAAGGUGACGUCCACCUUGUCUCCUGAGGGAGUGCUGACCGUGGAGACUCCUCUGAACAGGCAGGCCAUCAAGGCAGCAGAGAUCUCCAUCCCAGUCACCAUGGGCAGCAGCAAGACCAAGCCCUACGACAUGACGAUGAGGAAGGGAAGUGGCAAUGGGCACCAACAUGAUGAGCAUCAUGAAGAAGAGGAGUGAAACUCCAAACAUAAACACACACACUCACACUCACACACACAUAGUAGACACAGAUGAAAUGGUUAGACAGAAAGAGAGAAGGUAGGGAAAACUGUGCUAAUUCCACACCUAUUGUAUAGUUACAGUAGGCUCUGGAAAUGCAUAUAUAACGUUAUACGUUUCACGUGUGCUCACACUAACACCACUUGCAUGCUCUAUCCCACACUGCAGUAAUUACUAUCUGCAUUUGAGUCAAGCAACAACAACAAAAAACAGUUACACACACACACAUACACACACACUCUCCUCAUUCCUAUUAUGCGCUUGCUAGGAACUGAAAACGAUUAGAUCUGCAAACAGUGACUGCAGCCCUGCUGUUACAUCAUCAUUCUGUGCUUGCUGCCUCUCUCUCUCUCUCUCUCU